AUGGAUCCGACUCUGACAGAACUGCUGCACUCUAACCUGCAGUGGAUCUUCGUUGGUGGAAAGGGCGGUGUUGGUAAAACAACCACGUCGUGUGCGCUGGCUACCUUGUUCGCCACAACGCCAAUCAGCGAUGCAGCGGCUCCAGAUGGCACGCGACCGCGGCGGGUGCUGUUGAUCUCCACAGAUCCCGCGCACAACCUCAGUGACGCCUUCAAUCAGCGCUUCGGCCCGCAGCCGACACCGGUGAAAGGGCUGGAGGACACCUUGGCCGCCAUGGAGGUGGAUCCGAAGAACUUCACCCACGGUGCGUUGAUGAGCUCGCUGACAGGGGCGAAUAGUGGUGGCAGUGCUUCGUCUUUAUCCAGGGAAGCGGAGGCAGAUGCCGUCGAGCAAACUGCCAGCUUUGCUCGUAUCGGAGCUGUUCUCAAGGAGGCGGCACGCACCAUGCCUGGCAUCGACGAGAUCUCCGUGUUUGCAGAAAUUCUGCAUUACGUCCGCACGCUGUCCUACGACCUCCUCAUCUUCGACACCGCGCCGACGGGCCACACGCUGCGUCUGCUGGCACUGCCUCAGACGCUGAACAGUACUUUCGACCGAUUGAUGAGCCUAGAGGGCUUGGCUCCGAUGUUGGAGGCCGCCUCACAUCUUAUUGGCUCCAGCCUCGGGGCUGUCGGUGGUGACUCUGUGAGCGGCUGUGAGGUAGCCACAGCUAUGCCUUCGUCGUCGAGCACAGCGCCCGGCGCGGGGUCUGCGGCUACGGGUUCGUCGCAGGGCAGCUGGUCCAUAACUGCCGACGAAGUCCGCGCGAAGGCCCUUCACUGGCGCCAGGUCAUGGAGGAGGUGCAGGACCGCUUCAAUGAUCCGAGUCGCACCAGCUUCGUGUGCGUCUGCAUUGCCGAGUUUUUGAGCGUCUACGAAACGGAGCGGCUUGUGCAGGAGCUCAUGAAGUACAACAUCGGGUGCGACAGCAUUGUGGUGAACCAGCUGGUGCUGAAGCCGUCGUCUGAGCCCCCGUGUCGCAUGUGCGCGGCUCGCCAGAAGAUUCAGACGAAGUACCUCGAACAGAUUGACCUCCUGUACGACGACUUCCACGUCGUGAAGAUGCCGCUGCUCAGCGACGAGGUGCGCGGCAUUCCAGCGCUAAAAAUGUUUGCGCGCUUUUUGCAGGAGCCAUACAACCCGGACACACAUGGCUACAUCGACGUGCAGGAGUCUUGCUAA